AAAUAAGAAUUUAAAACAAAUCAGCAUAGACUUAUUACAUCACACAAACUAAAUUCAACUUUCGAGAGAGGGAUACGUACGAUCCUACGCAGGUAGGUAUAAAUCUGACCCGAAUGUUUUUUUCAACUUCUUUAGUUUGUUAUGUGCAUAAUUUCCAUCGGACGAUAUCUUGUAAUCUGAGCUCAGUGGCGUAUAACAAUUCGCUUGCGCGUCUCAAACUCAGUGUGUUCUCCACAAAAAUGUACAAAUGUUCGCAAUAUCAAAACCUUGUAAUGUAUUUAAAGUUCAAUAGCAAGACGUUGCUUCUAAAAUCAGUGAGUGAUAACAGUUUGAAGUUCUUAAGUCAAGAAGUGCCGAUUCCUAAAAAAUUUGACGAACUUCCCGGGCCGAAGUGCUAUCCAAUCGUUGGUACUCUGCAUAAGUAUUUGCCUAUUAUAGGCGAUUACGACGCUGAGGCUCUAGAUAAAAAUGCAUGGUUGAACUAUCGUAAAUAUGGCGAUUUGGUGCGGGAGUUCCCGGGAGUGAGGUUGCUCCACGUCUAUGACCCCGACGACAUCGAAAACGUGUUCCGCCAAGAUGACCGGUAUCCCGCAAGGAGGAGCCAUGUCGCCAUGAGAGACUAUCGUCUGAAGAAAACUGACGUUUAUAACACGGGAGGACUUCUUUCCAUGAAUGGUCCAGAGUGGUGGAAACUUCGGAGUACGUUCCAAAAGAAUUUCACUAGCCCCAAAAGUGUCAAAGUUCAUGUCGAGAGCACGGACGGUGUCGUGAAGGAAUUAGUUCAUUGUAUUAAGAAAACUUUUACACCAGGCAAUGACUUUCUACCAUAUCUAAAUAGGCUGAACUUAGAAGUUAUCGGUCUCAUAGCGUUCAAUGAACGUUUCAACAGUUUUUCUGAAGAGGAGCAGGAACCUCAGUCUAGGAGCAGUAGAACUAUAGCAGCAGCGUUUGGAUCUAAUAGUGGCAUUAUGAAACUUGAUAAGGGGUUUCUUUGGAAAUAUUUCAAAACGCCUUUGUACAGACAACUUGAGAAUUCUCAAGAGUAUUUAGAGAAGGUUGCUUUAGAUAUUUUACUAAAUAGAGUUAGUUUUUAUGAAUCAGAGAGCACCUCUGAUAACUCAUUGCUAUGUUCAUUUCUGCAACAGACGAAUGUGGAUUUCAAGGAUAUUGUUGGAAUGAUGGUUGACAUUUUAAUGGCUGCUAUUGAUACGACUUCGUACGCAACGAGUUUUGUACUAUACCACUUGGCACGCAAUGUAGAGGCUCAGGAUAAACUGUUUCAAGAGAUUGUGACUCUACUGCCCACCAAAGAUUGUGGAAUAACGCCUGACAUAAUAUCAAAGGCUGUAUACUUACGCAGCUGUGUAAAAGAAAGUCUAAGAUUAAAUCCAGUGGCGAUUGGAGUCGGCCGGUUGUUACAGAAAGAUAUAAUAUUGAAGGGAUUUUUAAUACCUGCAGGUACGGUAAUAGUUACACAGAACAUGGUGUCUUCACGUCUACCUCAAUAUGUUAAAGAGCCUCUGACAUUCAAGCCCGAACGGUGGAUAAGAGGUUCAUCCGAUUACGAGAAUAUUCAUCCCUUCUUAAGUUUACCAUUUGGAUUUGGUCCUCGUUCCUGUAUUGCUAGGAGAUUGGCUGAGCAAAAUAUGUGUAUUACAUUGAUGCGACUAUUACGAGAAUUUGAACUUAAAUGGACUGGAGGAAACCUAGGUAUUCGUACAUUCCUUAUCAAUAAGCCUGAUAAGCCAGUCUCAUUGACAUUUUUAUCAAGACAACUUUGAAAAAAAGGGAAAUAAAAC